AUGGCAAGAGUUAAAUCUGAAAAAAAUGAUGAGAGUUAUGAAGAGUCUAAUAAAUCAAAUAGAAACUGUGAAGGGUCUAGUGAAUUGAAUAGAAACUUUGAAGGGUCUAGUGAAUCGGAUAGAAACUUUGAAGAAUCAAAUAAAUUGAUUAAAAAUUAUAAUAAUGAUGAAGACUUUGGUCAAUCUCUUGAAAAUGAUCUAAUUUCAGAUUUUGGAAACGAAAAUUUUGAUGAAUAUUAUGAUAAUUUGGAA